AUGUCUGCCCCGGGCGACCCCCCCACCGGAGGCAUCUCCCUCCCCAUGCGCCAGGCGAGCGUCACCGUCCUCGGCCACCUGGACGAGGCGGACCAGCAUGCCCCGCACGGACACCAGCGACGAGACAGCUUGGAAACUACAAAGAGCUUUUAUGCACACAAACCGUCAUACAACUCCAAUGGCUCCCUCUACCGACCCCCCUCCACCACCUCGCGGGCGACUGGCACUGUCCGUGCACGGUCCGACUCUCACAUCUCUGCGACCACCUCCCGCGCAGCCAUGCCCUCUGGCAACCCGCUAUCGCCCAUCUCCCCUCCGCGUCCAACUGCGCCGCUCCCUACUCCGAAAGGCUUCCUGUCGCCCAAGAAGUCGGCAGCGGCGCAGAGGUUGGAAAGAGGAAAGGACGGCAGGACGACUGCGCCUGCUACAAGUAAAAGUCACUACAAGGACACGUCCAAUGCGUCCGAUGUGCUGAGCGAUACUACGACCCAGAAUGGGCAGCGGUACGAGCCCUCUGUUGCUUCCAACUUCCUAUCCCGCCAGGAGACCAUGUCACCUACAUUCUCCACCAUGCUAUCACCAGAGGUCCCACCCAUCUCUCUGCCCGGCGAGUCUCUACCCCCCGAUGCGCCUACAGUCGAGAUACCGCAUAUCCCCGGGCCACCUAUGGGUACGGCAUUCAAUUUUCAAGACAUGUGGGACAGAUCACUCAGACAUAGCAUCACCACAGUCUCUUCUCCUUCACGGGCCCAAGCACCGGAGCUUUCGUCUGAUAAUCUCGUACAUCGCCUCGAUCAGGAGAAGGCGUCGAAUAUGGUGCGGCCUGCGAGGCGGCAAUCGCGAGGGAGUCGCGCUACGUUUGAACGGAUACGGAACCGAAAUUCCCCUGUUCGAUUGGAAGAGCGGCGGCGAAAGUAUGAGACAAUCGAUAACCCCUUGACGACCUUUUUGUGUGGUGGGCGAGUGCUGGUCGGGGGCGAUGUGUGGUACUCGAUGGGGGCGGCGCUUCUGAUACUGUUUGCCAUAUCGGGUGUCUGGAUUGGCACUACUGGAGCGUGGAUGUGGAGUUAUGGAAGUGAAUAUGGAUUGGCGAAAGGCGGUGGUGUGGCUAUCACAAUCAUAUUUGUAUAUCUGUUCUGUCUAGUGACGAGCUCGUUUGCUGUGACAGCGUUGAGAGACCCUGGAAUAAUACCCAGGAAGCUGGAUCCUGAUCCUCCCAAAACAUUCAUUGAACAGUGGUGGGAAGCUUAUCCUCGGGAUCUUACUGUUAAAGAGGGAAGGGUGACUGUAAAGUACUGCGAGACUUGUGAAUCUUAUAGAGCUCCUCGGUGCAGUCACUGUAGAUUGUGUGGAAACUGUGUGGACGGGAUCGAUCACCAUUGUUCAUACCUGCAUACAUGUGUCGGAAAACGCAACUACUUUUCCUUCAUUGUGCUCCUUGUCACAGCAACAAUAUCUGAUAUCUAUAUCGUCGUGUUCUCGGCUGUCCAUUUCUCCCUGAUAUGUCAUCACGACAAUGUGUCUUUUGGGCAGGCCCUGAAGGACUCGCCGGGCGCUGCCGUCAGUUUCUUACUAGGCGUUCUCACCCUGUUCCCAGUGAUAUUCCUCUUGCAGUAUCAUAUCAGGUUGCUGCUGCUCAACAUCACAACGCUAGAACAAAUUCGAGCCAAUACAUCCAACUCUCUCUUUGCUCUUCCUGUCCGCCCCGACAACCCCUUCGCCCAACAUUCCACCUGGGCCAACGUCGUCCAAGCCUCCAUUGGCAGGCCUCAGUUCCCAAGCUGGAUAGAUCCGAGUGGGUGGGAGGUAAAGGAUGUGAGGGAGGUGAAUCCUGCGCUGUCGGUCAGCAACAGAUUUGGUGGUAGGGAGUGGGUUUAG